CGGUGGUUCCCCGCUCAGCCCCGGAGUGCUCCGGCUCCGGCUGCGCCCGGGGUGUUCCCGGGCAGCCCCCGCCGCUCUCGCCCCCGCUGCUCCUCGGCGCUGCCAUGCCGGUGGCGGCCGCCGCCCCCCUGAUCAGCUCCGUGCAGAAGCUGGUGCUGUACGAGACCAGGGCUCGGUAUUUUCUAGUUGGAAGUAAUCCUGCAGAAACCAAAUACCGUGUUUUGAAAAUAGAUCGCACUGAACCAAAGGAUUUGGUUAUAAUUGAUGAUAAGCAUGUUUAUACACAACAAGAGGUGAGGGAACUUCUCGGUCGUUUAGACCUGGGAAACAGAACAAAGAUGGGGCAGAAGGGCUCUUCUGGGCUAUCUCGAGCUGUCUCUGCUUUUGGUAUAGUUGGUUUUGUCAGGUUUUUAGAAGGCUAUUACAUUGUGUUAAUAACAAAAAGAAGAAAAAUGGCAGAUAUUGGUGGUCAUGCAAUAUAUAAAAUAGAAGAUACAAAUAUGAUCUACAUUCCAAAUGACUCUGUAAGAGUCAGUCAUCCCGAUGAGGCCAGGUAUCUGAGAAUCUUUCAAAAUGUGGACCUUUCUAGCAACUUCUAUUUUAGUUACAGCUAUGAUCUAUCUCACUCCCUUCAGUAUAAUCUUACUGUCCUGAGAAUGCCACUUGAGAUAUUAAAAACUGAAACAACCCAGACCCGGCAAGAGAGUUUUGAUAUAUUUGAAGAUGAAGGACUUUCAACACAGGGGGGAAGUGGUGUAUUUGGGAUUUGCAGUAAGCCUUAUGAGAAGUACGUGUGGAAUGCCAAGCUUCUGGAAGCAGUAAGAAGUGCUGUUCAUCGCGACUGGCUGCUGUAUAUCAUUAAUGGAUUCUGUGGGCAAUCAAAACUAUUAAUAUAUGGCCGCCCUAUAUAUGUCACGCUGAUAGCCAGAAGAUCAAGCAAAUUUGCUGGAACACGUUUUCUGAAACGAGGAGCAAACUGUGAGGGAGAUGUUGCUAAUGAAGUGGAAACUGAACAAAUACUUUAUGAUGCUUCAGUUAUGUCAUUUUCUGCGGGGAGUUAUUCUUCCUAUGUUCAGGUUCGAGGGUCUGUCCCUCUGUACUGGUCUCAAGACAUUUCAACUAUGAUGCCUAAGCCACCCAUAACACUGGACCAAGCAGAUCCUUAUGCACACGUUGCUGCUCUUCACUUUGACCAGAUGCUUCAGAGAUUUGGCUCUCCCAUUAUUAUAUUGAAUCUUGUGAAGGAACGUGAAAAAAGAAAGCACGAAAGGAUUCUCAGUGAAGAACUUGUUGCUGCUGUGACAUAUCUCAACCAGUUCUUACCCCCAGAGCAUGCAAUUAUAUAUAUACCCUGGGAUAUGGCCAAAUACACUAAAAGCAAACUUUGCAAUGUCCUAGACAGGCUGAAUGUGAUUGCAGAAAGUGUAGUGAAGAAGACUGGAUUUUUUGUAAAUCGACCCGAUUCCUACUGCAGUAUCUUGCGUCCAGAUGAAAAGUGGAAUGAACUGGGAGGUUGUGUUGUUUCCACUGGUCGCUUGCAGACUGGAGUCCUUCGAACCAACUGUGUGGACUGUUUAGAUCGCACCAACACAGCCCAGUUUAUGGUGGGGAAAUGUGCUUUGGCCUACCAGUUGUAUUCAUUGGGAUUGAUUGAUAAACCAAAUUUACAAUUUGAUACAGAUGCUGUAAGAUUAUUUGAGGAAUUAUAUGAAGAUCAUGGGGACACGCUUUCUCUGCAGUAUGGAGGCUCUCAGCUUGUCCACAGAGUAAAAACUUACAGAAAGAUUGCUCCAUGGACUCAGCAUUCCAAAGAUAUUAUGCAAACACUCUCAAGAUACUACAGUAAUGCUUUCUCAGAUGCGGACAGGCAAGAUUCUAUCAAUCUCUUUCUGGGAGUGUUCAAGCCUGCAGAAGGAAAACCACAUCUCUGGGAACUUCCCACUGAUUUUUAUUUGCAUCACAAGAACACCCUCAGUCUGUCACAGACCAGGCAAAGCUAUACUUACUGGUGGACCACAGGUGUGCUAAAGCAUUUGCCUCUUCCUUUUGAUGAAGUGACAUGUGCUGAAAACAGACGCAAGUUGACAGUGAAGAAAUUCCACAAAUAUGAAGAGGAAAUUGAUAUCCACAAUGAGUUUUUUAGGCCAUAUGAGUUGAGCAGUUUUGAUGAGACCUUCUGCUUGGCAAUGACCAAUUCUACACGAGAUUUUAUGCCGAAGAAUGUGGGAAUUGAUCCAAGUCCAUUCACUGUUCGUAAACCCGAUGAAACUGGAAAAUCUGUGUUGGGGAACAAAAAUAAUAGAGAAGAAACUGUGCUACAGCGCAAAACAGCUGCUAGUGCUCCUCCACCCCCAAGCGAGGAAGCAGUGUCAAGUAGUUCUGAAGAUGAUUCUGGGACAGAUAAAGAAGAUGAAGGUGCUGUUUCUCAACGUUCAACUCCAGUAAAGGUGACUGAUACAGGAGACAAUACAAAAAUCACAGAGAAUGUAGUGCAAUCAACAAAAGAUGUGUAUGGAGUCAAUCUCUCAGAUAUCCCUUCAGAAGAUGAUCUUGCAAUAUAUGCAAGGUUUGUUCAGCUGGGACAGAGUCAGCAUAAACAAGACAAGGGCAGCCAGCAAUUUUGUUCAAGGCGGCCCUUGGAUAAGGUCAUAAAUUUAAUACGCAUCUCCUCCUUUUCUCAAGACAAUAUUUACGAAGUCCAGCCUCCAAGAGCUGAUAGGAAAUCGAUAGAGAUUUUCCAUGCACACAUUCAGGCUGGAAGAGGAAACAUGCAGCCCCUGGGAAGAGAUGACUUCCUCAUGUACAGAGAGUACAUUCGAAACAGAUACAUGUAAAUCCUAGCAGCAUUCUCCUGCCAAAUCAACUGGACUGAUAAGUCACAAAAAUAAUUUUAGAAAGGAAAUCUAGUUUUGUUCUUUUGCAGUAAUGAAUUUAUUACUAACUUUUCUAUUUAUUAUUCUUUACUGUUAUCCAUUUACUGUAAUGUGCUUUAGGGGAAAAGGUGGUUUAAUAUCUGAUUUAAAAGGUUAUUUACUAUCUUUUUGGCUGAAAGUGUAUCCUAAGAGACUAAGUGAAUAAUCAGAGCACCCAGAGUCAUUAGAGAGUAUGUAGCAAUUUGUGGCAAAGAAAAUAGGGCAUCUUUAGUUUUUUUAUAUUAUUUCUUACACUGUUAUGUUUGCUAAUAAAACUGAUUUGUUCACAAGAAUCAGAAGAGAAUAGAUUUCUUCCAUUUUUUUCCAUGACAGAAAACAAUCUUCUUUUACAGCAGAAUAUUUUCUGAUAUUUCUUGAGGUUUUUAGCAAAGAGAUUGAGAAUGACUGCUUGCAAUUUUCUGUUUUCUUAAGCAAAAGUGAAAAAUAAGUGGCUUAUGUCAAAAUCAAAAUUUGCAUCAACAAGAAUAAACUUUGUAACCCUAAUAUGUGUCAAAACUAAUGUCACUGGUACUGGUAGCUACAGAAUCUGUGCCACGUGCUGCAGGGUGAAGAUGGUUUGUGACUAAUUAUCACAGGUUUCUAGUACAAGUCUGAGGAGAACCCCAUAAUGACUGCAUCAGCAAAUGAGGGAAUGCUCUUCACAUUACUGGCUUUGGACACCCUGGAGAGUGCUAAACCAUCCUGUCAUUUUUCUGUAUGACAAGCACUAUCCUUUUGAAGCAUACUGUUCCCAUCCCUGUGUUUGUGCUCCUGUGAGAUGCCUUUGGGUUCAAGCCUGGAGCCUCCAGGGAAGGUAGUGUUGGUGACUGGAUCAGCUGGGGUCAUCAUGCAAGAAGAAGCAGGAGUUGGGUUAUGCAAGACUGAACAUCAUGUCCUGUGCUGGGUAAGAGGUAAAGAGGCAGCAGAUGUCUAAGUAGGUUCUUUUGGGCCUGUGAGUAAAACGUUUUUCAAAUUAAAAAAAAAAAAAAAAAAAUAAAAAAAGGGAGGAAGCCUACUAUUUGCAAUUGCAAACUAAUUUCAUCCCAACACUUUGUAGCUCUUUGCCUUGAAGAAUACUGACAGUAUCAGCAGCAUUCUUGACAAAACAUUUUGUUCCACAAGCUUGUACAGACCAUGUUUCAGAAUUUUCUGGAAUAGUAUAAUAACUGUUUUAGGGAUGUAGCCAACUGCAUGUAGCAGAUGUAGAGAACAUGUUUGUGUUCACAGUAAAUUGCUUUCCAGGCAGCUACUGUAGAUUUGUGGCUGCUCACUGCAAACAUGUUUGCAUAUCUUUGAAUGUUUUAUGCAGUAUGUUGCACCUCUGUCAGUAAUUCAAUAUAAGAAAAAAUGCAGUGGGUAAAGGGAAAAAAGGUUUCUUGUGAUACAAGUUUGUGUGUCUCAGGGAAGGACUUGCAUGCAGUCAAUGAGAACAUGGUACCUUGAGUUACCAAAGCAUUUUGGUGUACGUUCUCUUUUGUUAAUUGUUUUGAGCCAAAUGGUUGUAUUUUAGGAGAUGCAAGAAUGAAUUGUCACUUACUUCAUUGCAAUUGUCAAUGUUUUUUUCCUCUGGAAAAAUAAAAUAUACUGAAUUCUUUUGCCCAAUAUGAAAAGAAUUAGAAGGAAUAAAUGCUUGCUUUGAAAAAAUGUAGAGCUAAAGUUCAUAUCUUGGUGAGGAAAGGAAAGCACACACUUUCCUUACUGCACUUAAACUAUUGCAAGGAAUGUUUUCUGGACUAUCACAGACCUUACUUUUGUUGUUGAUAGAUGCUGGUAAUUCAUAAAAGUUACCCUUGAAAGUGCACCGCUUACCCACAGAAGAUGAAACUCCUUUUCAGCAACCAGUGAUGUUGUUGCAAAAUUUAGGGAUAGUAAUGAUUUUGCAGCUCUAGAAUGAAAUAUGUUCAGCCCUCAGCAAUUCAGACACUCCUCAGAGAAGAGGAUAAAAGGACAUUGGUUUACAGUUCUGAGAGCUGAAUGACACCUCAGUGAUGGCUUGUGUGAUCUACUCUUAGCAGCUGUUCAGAAUGCUUCCAAGUGCCAAUGUCAACUUUCAGUAGGCUUGUUUAAAGAAAAAAAAUGAGUCCAAUGCACAAAGCAAGACUCCCAGCUUAACCCUGAGUAAACUCAACAGUCUGAGUGGACCUGCUGCCUAAUGCACAUAAAUGAUCAUUUAAAAUAGAAAUGCACUCAAUCACCCAUCUAACAAGUUCAGCUGGAUAAAGGACUCCCAAUGUGCUGCCUCUUCAUCCACCUACUUUAUCCCAUUCUUGUGAUAAUAAGGUUCAGUUCUCAAGACUGUUAGAAGUUCUCAAUAGAUGCAUAUAUUUCCCUUUCAGAAGCAGAAGAAAAAGUGUGUAGAAUAAGAAUAAACAUGAAAAGAGUGGGCUGUGUUGGCUCUGAAGAGUAACAUGGUGCUCUUCUUCACUCUUUAAACCAUAUGGACAAAAGAAAUAUUUGAGAAAUAUGUUGAUUUUUCCUCCACAAUAUGUUUCGUUUGUUUCAGUGUGUUUAAAGGUUACAUUGCAAUAUCAUCCCAAAAUGUACACCUGGAAAAUAAUGACUUUGGGUUCUUUUCCUGUGGAAUCAGGAAGCACAGAUAUCAAAUUAGGACUGAUUUGGUGAUUUUUGUGCCAUUUCUGUGCCAAUGGAUUUUGCUGCCAGUCCAACAGCUUAAGCUUUGUGCUGUGACUGCAGGAGCAGUUCUCUUCCACAAUUUUCAUUGGUAAUUUCCCCUCCUUGUGAGUCUUGUGUCCACUGGCAAACCCCACUGACAUUUUGUUCUCUUCCUUUCAUUUUCCAGAGGGAUUCAUCUGUGGUCCUGAAGUGGGACCUUUCAAUGUUCACACAGCUGCCAGGAGAAAGAAGCAAAAUAUCUGUGUAUAAUUCUGGGGUGACACUUGUGGCAGCUCUUUAUUUUGUUACUGACUUUCUGGGAUUUUUCUGCGUCAUCCAGGAAGGUUCUCUUGGCUUUCACAGACUUCACUUGUAUAAACUCCAAAGCAUAUGCCCUGUCAAAUAGUUACAUUUUACAGUCAGAGGAAAUACCAGCUUCACUCAGGAGAUCAUUUCAUUCUCCAUGGUGAUUUCACCCUAUCAGUAAUUACAUGAACAAGUCCAGUUCACUGAGGGUAAAACUGAGGUAUGUACACAGGAGUGUUCCAUUUGCUGGCAUAGUUUCAAUCCAAGUGAUUGCCUAGAGGCUGAUAGGGAGAAAUACAAUGUGCUUGGCUUCCAAAUGCCUCCCUCUGUCUUGUAUAUAUUUAAAAACCUAAUUAAAGUUGUCACUUUUGGUGGUGAUUCAGAAGUAAUGUGAAACUAGUGCGUGAAGUUACAAAAUACUAGUAAUAAAAAAUCAUACAUUGAAAUUACAAUCCAUGCAAAUAUUGAUAAUCAGCAGUCCCCUUCUGGAGUUCUUAAAUCU